AUGGUGAAAGCAGGAGCGGCUGAUAAGAAGUUUCUGCUGAAUCCUUUUGAUGCGGAGCUGCUUGCAUGCUUGGCGGGAGUAAGAAUGGCUGCCUUGAUGGGAUUGCCUCGAGUGGUCCUAGAGACUGAUGCUUCUCUUGUCAAGACGGCGAUAGAAGGAGAUGAAAAUCGGCUUUCAGCCUGUGGCGGAAUCAUCACGGAGAUCCGGCUCUUGCUAAUGUCGGAGUUUAGUUCCUUCAGUAUUUUUGUGUGUCCUAGAUUAUGUAAUAAGGUUGCUGACACUCUUGCAGCUUAUGGGUGUCGUGUUCUCAACGACGAUCGAGUUAUUUGGGACGAUGUACCUCUGUUCGUAGAGGGUCUGGUGGGCAGCGAUUUCGCUGCAGCCAAUGAGUAA